CCAAUUUUCUUGAUAUUUUUGCUCAUCUAUAUUUCCAUGAUUGCUGGAAACCUCACUAUUGUGACUCUUAUAUUAACCACCCCUCAUCUACUCACCCCAAUGUAUAUCUUUAUAGUGAAUCUUUCAAUUAUUGACAUUGCUUCUACAUCAAACAUUUUACCCAAACUAUUAGUUAUAAUCUUAACAAAGGAAAACACCAUUUCAUUUGCUGGAUGUAUAACUCAAAUGUAUUUUUUUGUGUCAUUGACUUGUACAGAGGUCCUCUUGCUGGCAGCCAUGGCCUAUGACCGCUAUAUAGCCAUUUGCCACCCUCUUCAUUAUGUCAUAUUUAUGAGCUUAAGGCAUUGCAUUGGUCUGUCACUGACCUCAUGGACUGUUGCUUUUUUGGAUCUCAGUGGACACGCUAUUUUAAUCUCUAAUUUAUCCUUUUGUUCAUCUCAUCUUAUUGACCAUUUCUUCUGUGACCUAGCUGCAUUGCUUAAGAUGUCUUGCAGUGACACUUCUAUAAUAGAACUUUUAAACUACAUUGAAGGGACCAUACUGGGCAUUAUAACAUUUCUACUCACAAUAAUAUCAUAUAUAUUUAUUAUUUCAUCAGUUCUUAAUAUAAAGUCUUCAGAAGGUCGGCAUAAAGCAUUUUCUACCUGUACGGCUCACCUAUCCUGUGUGACAAUUUUUUAUGGGACAAUCAUCAGUUUGUAUAUGAGGCCCACUUCAAGUUACUCACCAAAACUGGACAAAUUUUUUGCCUUUCUGUAUGUAGUUUUGGUUCCGCUAAUCAACCCAAUUAUUUAUAGCUUGAAAAAUGAAAAUAUUAAAAAAGCACUCAGACGAAAGAUACACAUUUUAUAA